AUGUUACGCUCGUUUGCCUUGCUCGGCUCCUCGCUUCUGGUUGCGGUCCGCGGGAACCUUGUCCUCUUCCCAUGGACCAGCAAUGAUGGCAGCUUUGGCAACGCCGUCGAUGCUCAGGUUGGGUUUGGUAACAGCCAGCCCAUCUCGAGCGAAUGUGCAUCGGCCCUCAACCAGACGGUGGCGUGCGACCCGCAGAUGCAGCUGCUCGCGGCGAGUGGCUACGUUGUCUCUCUCAACGGCGCUAGCUCGGGACUCUGCGACGCCAGCUGCAAGUCGUCACUGGUAGCGUACCACGACGCCGUCACGGCAGCCUGUGGCGCGUCUAGAGCCUUCGACACAUAUCCCAACACAUGGAGAGGCGAUAUCAUCUACGACUACUUCAACAUGGUCUGUGACACGGAUCCCAGCACCGGGGAGUACUGCCCGCAGUGGCUGAAGGAGCAGUACGCUGCCAACGGCAACCCCAAGCUGGAGGAUCUGCCUGAUUCCGUGCUCUGCUCCCACUGUCAAAUCAACAACAUGAGGACAGUCCAGAAUUCCAUCUUUCUUGGCUACAACGGGGCCAUGGUCGAAACGUACCGCAAAAUCUUUGCCCAGGAGACGUUCCCCAACACGGCCGAUGGCGCAAACAGAACUUGCCUUUCUGGCAAUACAUACAUGAGCCAGGCCGGCGAUACCUGCCACUCGAUUGCCCUAGCAAAGUCGGUCGCGGAGGACACGCUGGCUUCCAUCAAUGACCUCGGUGUGAACUGCACCAGGAUGACGCUCGAAAGCAGCUCUAAGUUCAAUCUAUGUCUGCCCAAGACGUGCACCACGGCACAAACGGGGCCGACUGACAACUGCUGGAGCCUCAGCGCGCAGUACAACAUCUCGUUUGCCCAGUUCAGGGCCUUCAAUCCCACCAUCAACAACGAUUGCAGCAAUCUCCGGCCCGACGGCACCGUGGUAUGCGUGACUUCGCCCGACGGCAGCUACACCCCCGUCCCGCUUCCCGGCUCCAACUCGUCGUGGAGCCUCGGAGAGUACGCCGAGUCAAUCGUGCCAGCCCCCGGCAGCACCCCCUUCGGGACCACCGACCGAUGCGGCGCCUACUACCAGGUCCAGACGGCCGACACGUGCAUGCGCGUCUCCAUCGCGGCUAAGGUGUCGGUCGACCUCUUCCAGGAGAUCAACCCUUCCAUCGACGCGGGCUGCACCAACCUCGUCCCGGGCCUGUGGUACUGCGUCCACCCGACUGUGGACUGGAACGACGUGCCCAGCAGCAACCCGACGACCUCGACAACCGUCGCGCCGCCAGCCCCAACCCCGACAGGCACCACAACCCAGUGCUACAGGUGGCACGUGGUGGUGUCCGGCGACAACUGCGCCCUCCUGCAGAACACGCUCGGCAUCACCAUGGCCCAGCUCGUCGCCUGGAACCCGGACCUCAAGGCCGACUGCUCCAACCUCCUCCUGGGCGACGCCUACUGCGUGCAGGGCCCCUCCUCCUCUUCCGUUCCCACCACAACCACCAGCACCACCAGCACCAGCAACACCCCCACGACGACCGCUGGGCCUCAGGUCAAGCAGGGUACUAGCGCGCAGAUGACCCCCACUAUCAGCACUCCCACCGCCUGCACACAGACCUACACCGUCCAGUCGGGUGACUGGUGCGCCAAGAUCUGGGAAGCCUUCGGCCUGUCCGAGUCAGCCUUCCGCGCGCUCAACCCCUCGCUAAGCCCCAGCUGCGACCUGGCCAUCGGCCAGGUGCUCUGCGUCGCCGCGCCGUCUGCCUGCAAGGCGACCUACACUGUCGUUUCGGGCGACUGGUGCUCCAAGAUCUGGGAGCAGUUUGGUCUGACCGAGGGGCAAUUCCGGGGGUUGAAUCCUGGUUUGGACGCGAAUUGUGAUAUUAGCGUGGGCCAGAGGUUGUGUGUUGGGUAG